CUGCAAAUAAUACGGAGGAAUAACAAAUUAUAUAUAUAUCUUAAUCUUUGUUUGAUGUCGAUAUCCACGUCACUGGGAUGUCUUACCUGCCAACGCUUGUUUUUAUACCCGGUGCGUGGCACAAGCCCACAUGCUUUGAAAAGAUCACCAACAUUCUCUCAGAGAGAAAUUUCAACUGUGUCCUAGUGACUCUUCCAUCAACCCAAGGGAACCCUGAAGCCACAUUCAAAGAUGACCUUGAUGCUGCACGAACAGCUAUAUUAAACGAGACUACCCAGGGCCGUAAUGUUGUGGUCCUUGCACACUCCUACGGUGGCAUGGUAGGAAACAGUGCCAUUAGAGGGUUUACUCGACCACAAGACAGUUCAACAGAUCAGGAUCAACAAUCUUCAGGGCCAGGAUAUAUCAUCGGCCUCAUUCUGAUUGCGUCCGGCUUCACUUUCACCGGCCUUGCGUUCAUGGAUCCCUUCCUUGGACGUCCGCCUCCGUUAUGGCGCGUCAACAAGGAAACGGGAUUCGCCGAAAUUGUCGCCUCACCGCGGGAAGAAUUCUAUCACGAUGUACCAGCAGAUGAAGCCGAAUACUGGUGUUCUCAGCUUGAACCCCAGAGCCUCAAAGCGUUGUUUGAAGGCGGCGAACACUCCUACUCUGGUUGGUUGGAUGUGCCGUGCUGGUAUAUAGGCACAGCGGAGGACAAGUGUUUGCCGCUCUUCAUACAGCGAAUGCAGGCUGGUAUGGCUAGGUAUAUGGGUGCGAGCUUGGAGUGUAGGGAACUACGGGCCAGCCAUUCACCGUUUUUAAGCCAUCCUAGAGAUACCGCCAGGCUUAUACUCGAAGCUAUUGAACAAUUUACUGGGAAUCCUGUCGGGAAUCUACCUUCACAAGAUGAGUGCCAUGCUAUUAUGCCAGUGCCGAGGGUGGAGCUGCUGCAACCUCUCACAUGGUAUAAGUUUGGGGUGCCGUUGGCAUUCGGCAACCUUCUUGGGCGGUGCGUGGUUCUGUUUAAUUGGGCUAGAAGGUCUCUAGGGGCAAUGGGACACCAGAAAUCCGACUAGCGAUUUUCGAUGUUUGUUGAGGCAUAUUAGGAUAAUGUAUAGUAGAACGUGAUAUAGACAUUCCCCAAGCGCAAGGAUCAAGUUAUUAUUCGCCUAUGUUCCAUCCGCCCUGAUAAACUUAUGUAGGCUUUUCCAUCCCCUAAGCACAAAGAAGUUCACCGCAGAUAUGCAGCCAUUCGGAUAUCAUAACAUUUAUUCGUCGAGGUCUACAUAACGAACCGUGCUCUAUUGGGACCAGUUAUUGUCGUAUACCGUUGUUCAGCGAGAUACCAUUAUAAGAAUAAGAACGGGAAUUGGAACAAUAAAGGUAUCAGGGACAUGAUCUUUUAUCUUAGUCCCACGUGGAAUUAUUCUAUAUUUCCGAUAGUUAGCUACCGAAAUAAAAAAAAACCUGCCUGUAGCAGAUAUACCUCUGCGCCCUCAGCUCAAAUUGAUAUGUUGCAUCAUCCUGUUUAUUUGAACUGGCGCUCAAUGGAAUGGUAUACAAUCCUGACUGCAAAUGGCAGGCAGAGGUGGACCAGCAACAAAGCAACAUAUCUAAAUUAUGUUAUUAUUUACGCAGACAAGGUGCCUUGUGCAUUGAAUCAUAGUAAGACGGGCCAAGCAGACAGGCUGUGUAAGGGCUUUAUUCAUCACUGACGCUGCAGGAGCUCCAGGCUUCAGCCAUCUCUAGACAUAUCGCCUACCAAGACAGGCAACAUAGGGAUCCAGAGAACCGAAUUUAAGGUGAUUAUACAUAUUAUUUUUGGGGGUAAGUG